AGACAACCAAGCAAAUAAGUCAUCUUCGAGCUAAAACCUUAAACCCUAAACCCUAAACCCUCACUUCCAAAGUUCCAACUCAGAAACACCAUGAUAACCACCCUCAUCUUUCGCGAAACACCCAGAAUCUUCCGACGCCGUCCACCAUUCUCUCUCCUCUGGGCCCGGCCCAUGGGUGGCGGCCCAAGAACCUUCCCGGGCGGGCUCAACAAGUGGCAAUGGAAGCGCCUCCACGAGAAGAAAGCCCGUGACAAGGAAAAACGCCUUCUCGACCAGGAGAAGCAGCUCUACCAGGCCCGUCUCCGCUCCCAAAUCCGGGCUGACGUUUCGGGCCUCCCAGCCCAGCUCCAGGGCCCAUCCCACUCCCCCAUGUCGCCCAAGGCCCAAAUCAAGGCCCUCGCCGACCGUUUUAUCAAACCGGGCGCUGAGGAUUUGUGGAACGACGAUGAUGGGCCCGUACAUUCUCCUCCUAGGCCCGGCCCAAACAAGCCCAUUGGAGGUACUGUAGGUGAUUCUUUUAGUUUUUGUGGGAAUAUGCAGCAAAAGAGGGGGUUUUGUAUGCAGAGAAAUAAUGAUGGUUUUGCGAAUUUAUUGAGUUUGAUGAGUUUUGGGGGUAAUUUUGAGCAGAAGAGGGGUUACCCGGGUAAUGUGAGGGGGAAAGUGAAGAAGAAGUUUUAUAAUCGGAGAGUUGGGAGUUCGUCGAGUGAUGAUGAUGAGGAAAAUUAUGGGAGAGUGAGUGAGAAUGCGAGGUGGCCGAGGUUUAGGUUGGAAGGGGGUGGAAAUGGGAGUGUGGAGAAGGGAGAAAAGGGUGGUUUUAAGAGUGUUAGAAGGUUUAUGGGGAAUGCUACUUUAGGGAAGUAUGAUGUGAAGGUCACAAAAAGGCGGAUUGUGAAGGAAUUAGAGGAGUAUGCGGAUCAUGAAGAUGAAGAGGGUGAUUUGGCUGAGAAUAUCUAUGUGAUUAAGCAUGAAAUCCUUGAGCGUAAGCGGGAGGAAGAAGCACGAGAGAUAAGCAAUGAGGAUGAUUUUGUUGCCUCUGGAAAGAGAUUCGAGGACUGUGGCAUAUCACCCCUGACAGUUAAGGCAUUAACUGCUGCUGGUUAUACUGUGAUGACUAGGGUACAAGAAGAUACUUUGUCUGCUUAUCUGGAGGGUAAGGAUGCUUUAGUUAAAUCUAGAGCUGGGACAGGAAAAACCGCUGCUUUUCUGCUUCCUGCAAUUGAAACAGUUUUGAAGGCUAUGGUCAGUGGCAAAGCUCAGCGUGUGCCUCCUAUAUAUGUUCUUAUUCUUUGCCCCACAAGAGAGCUUGCUAGUCAGAUUGCUGCAGAAACAAGGGUUUUGCUGAAGUAUCAUGAUGGCUUAGGUGUCCAAAUGCUUGUGGGUGGUUCACGUUUUAAAGAUGACCAGAAACGCGUAGAAUUGGAUCCUUGCCAGAUUCUAGUUGCUACCCCUGGUAGAUUACUGGAUCACAUUGAGACUCGGUCAAGCUUGUCUGCAAGAUUGAUGGGGCUUAAAAUGCUCGUACUCGACGAAGCUGAUCAUCUGCUAAAUCUUGGAUUUCGAAAGGACAUGGAAAAAAUCGCUGAUUGUUUACCUCGUCGACGUCAGUCUUUACUGUUUUCUGCAACAGUCCCAAAAGAGGUUCGACGGAUCUCUCAGCUUGUUCUUAAAAGGGAGCAUGCUUUUAUUAACACUGUAGAUACAGGUUGUCCAGAUUCUAAUUCUAAGGUGAAGCAGUCUUUUAUUAUUGCUCCUCAUGAUGUGCAUUUUCAAGUAGUGUACGAACUUUUGAAGGACCAUAUUUCAAAAUUGCCAGAGUACAAGGUUAUUGUUUUCUGUACGGCUGGAAUGGUGACUUCACUUAUGUACCUUCUCCUCCGUGAAAUGAGAUUAAAUGUCAGGGAGAUACAUUCGAGAAAGCCGCAACUCUACCGUUCUCGCAUAAUUGAGGAGUUUAAGCAAUCAAAACGACUGAUUCUAAUUUCAUCUGAUGUAUCAGCUAGAGGGAUGAAUUAUCCUGAUGUUACUUUGGUUAUUCAGGUUGGAACUCCCUCUGAUAGGGAGCAAUAUAUACAUCGCCUUGGGAGGACUGGUCGUGAAGGGAAAGAGGGUGAAGGUAUUUUGCUGCUUGCACCGUGGGAAGAACAUUUCUUGGAGGACAUAAAGGAUUUGCCUGUUGAAAGGUCUUCUGCACCACAUAUUGACCAAUUUACAAAAUCAAAGAUGGAGGAAUCAAUGGCAAAGAUUGAUACCAGUGUGAAAGAAGCUGCAUAUCAUGCUUGGCUUGGUUACUAUAAUUCUCAGAGGGAGUUAGGCAGGGAUAAGACUUCACUUGUCCAAUGGGCGAACCAAUUUUGCGAGUCAAUUGGUUUGGAGAAACCUCCUGCACUUUUCAGAAAAACAGUUGUGAAAAUGGGCCUAAAAGAUAUUCCUGGCAUUCGUAUAAGGAAAUAGCAGUAUAGCGAAGUCGAAACCUGCUCUUAUCUCCAGCGACGACUAUAUGGUGGACCUGUGACUGCUGUUGAAGAUUAUCAAUGUAACAAGGGAACCCAAAAAGAAAUUCAGAAGCCUGGCUCCAAUGUACAGUUCUUUAGAGAGAAGAAAAAAUACAGACUACUGUUGUCUCUUAUAUGCAACUUCUUGGUGGCCAAUCGAAACAUGCUGAUAUACCAAUCAAAGAAUUGUAUAGGUAGAUCUUUAACGAAGCGAUCUUUUGGAGGUUCCGUCAAGCUUCGAUGAGUUCUUAGUGAGGUGAAAUUCAUAUGAUUCCUUGUUGGAGGUUCAGUGAAGCCCUUGAAGAGAAAAAGUAAGGACAUUUGGUUUCAUAAAGCAUUAUGGUCAUGCAAGGAGAAAAUUAUAAGUUGAUGAUAGUUCAUUGGUGAAACAAUCAUUUAGUUAUGUUAUUUCGGAUUAGGCUUGGUUUCUAAUUAAUCUGACUUUUUUGCCCGAAUAUUUUUGUGUCGUCUUAUAAUAAAAUUGCUUAGGAAUAAGCAUGUUCAAUUACAAA